AUGACGAUUCCUCUGAUCAUCCUAGAGGAAGAUGCUUUUCACAGGAUGCCUGUCUUAGGAAAGACAUCCACAGGACUGCUCAUCAUCAAGGAUUACCUUGACAAGUAUUAUACACAAAAGGGAAGGCAUCAGGCUGUGGAGAUGGCGGGCUGCAUGACAAGGAAUCUUAGAGACAUGCAGGCGUUCCUAGGUGUUCAGGUGAUCAGGAAUGUGGACUACAGCACUAUGAGCAUGACUCGGAGACCAUGGUGUGGUGUUCCUGAUAUAGCGAACUACAAGCUCUUUCCUGAAAAGCCCAAAUGAGAAAAGAAUACGUUGAUGCUAGGUUACCUCUCCUUCCAAGAAAGAAGCUCCUCAGUAUUCAUUAAGGAUACAGUUUCUGAAACCCUAUGUGGUGGGGGUUUCUUCUCUUUCUUCUGCUGUUAUUUGCUACAUCAUCAUGACUCUUAUUCCUUUGAUGGCCCACGUGGGACCCUGGCACAUGCUUUUGCCCGUGAAGGACUGGGAGGGGACAAUUGUCUUGACAGUGCAGAGAAGUGGACCAUGGGAACGAAUGGAUUUAAUUUAUUCACUGUUGCUGCCCAUGAAUUUGGACAUGCUCUGGGCCUUGGCCACCCCACUGAUCCAUCUGCUCUGAUACAUCCUACUUAAAAAUACCAGUUUCCAUUUGGAUUUUGUUUACCAAAGGACAAUGUGACAGGGAUCCAAGCAUUGUAUGGCUUUAUUUAAUUCUUUUCUGCUCCAAAAGCCUAUAAAUAUGACAGAGAGAAGGAAAAUAUGGUUAAUAUUGUGAAAACCAGUUCCUAG